CCCUCGGAGCCGGAAGUGAAGGAGCCAAACAAGCCGGCCGGGCCCACAGCUCCUCUUCAGCCACAGACCCACCGACAUGUCCAACAUGGAGAAGCACCUGUUUAACUUGAAGUUCGCUGCCAAAGAGCUGAGCAGGAACUCCAAAAAGUGCGACAAGGAAGAGAAGGCGGAGAAGGCCAAGAUAAAGAAGGCCAUUCAGAAGGGGAACACAGAGGUCGCACGGAUACACGCUGAAAACGCAAUCCGGCAGAAGAACCAGGCCAUUAACUUCCUCCGGAUGAGCGCUCGGGUGGACGCGGUGGCGGCUCGGGUCCAGACCGCGGUCACCAUGGGCAAGGUGACCAAGUCAAUGGCGGGUGUAGUGAAGUCCAUGGAUGCCACGUUGAAGAGCAUGAACCUGGAGAAGAUCUCCGCCCUGAUGGACAAGUUCGAGCACCAGUUCGAGACGCUGGACGUUCAGACGCAGCAGAUGGAGGACACGAUGAGCAACACCACGACCCUCACCACGCCUCAGAACCAAGUGGACCUGCUGCUGCAGGAGAUGGCGGACGAAGCCGGCCUGGAUCUGAACAUGGAGUUACCCCAGGGCCAGACGGGCUCCGUGGUGGGCACGAGCGUCGCCUCGACCGAGCAGGACGAGCUGUCGCAGAGACUCGCCCGCCUCCGGGACCAGGUGUAACGGACCGGCCGUCGUUCCCGCCCCCGCUUCUGAACCGCCGUCCCACCUUCCGGCCCCCUCACCCCCUCCGGAAAAACCGUGCCCGUUCCCCGGAUGCUCGGUCACUGUCGGCCGGCGACAGUUCCCAAAUCCAAUACCGGGAACCCGCUCCGGGCGCGCCUUCCCCGAGAGGAUCGGAGCGUUCGGAGCGGCCAGGGAGGGGAGGGGGGCGGGGGUCUCGGUCCCUUCCGCGGGACCCUGGUGAGGUGUAAAGAACCGUCCCUGUUACGUUUGUCCGAAACCCCAGACCCAAACCCGACUGGGAUGGCCCAGGGGCCGGGGUCAGUUUUAAUCUUCACGGAGGAUGGCCAGUUGUCGUCGAACUGGUAGCCCCGUGAGGCGUCCAGCCACCUCUGACCAGACGGCGUGAGCUGGCUCUGGUCCGCGUCCCUCAGAUGGCCGGCGAGCGGCGGGACGACGCUCGUGCCCGGAGCCCGGGACUCCUGCCCUCCGAGUUGUAUAAAUUCCUAUAAAAAUGGUCUUGGUUAACGGGAA